CAGGGUGGGCGGGCAGGGGAGGCUGCGGAAAGCCGGGUGGAGCGAUGGCUGCCGGGACCGCGGCGCUGGGCGCACUGGCAGCCGCGCUGGUGGCGGUGCUGCUCCUUCUGCAGCGUGGGGACGAGGGGUCCGGGGCUGGCCCCAGCAUGGAGGACAAGGAGGGCCUGCCGAAGCUUCUGGAAGACUUCAAGAUGCAGAAUAAAUCCGUCUUUAUUCUGGGUGCCAGCGGGGAAACCGGCAAAGUGCUCCUAAAAGAAAUCCUGGGACAGAACCUGUUUUCCAAAGUCACGCUCAUUGGCAGGAGGAAACUCACCUUUGACGAGGAGGCUUAUAAAAAUGUGAAUCAAGAGGUGGUGGACUUUGAAAAGCUAGAUGACUUUGCUUCUGCCUUUCAAGGCCAUGAUGUUGGAUUCUGUUGCCUGGGAACCACCAGAAGAAAAGCUGGAGCGGAAGGAUUUGUCCGUGUCGACCGAGAUUAUGUGCUGAAGUCUGCAGAACUGGCCAAAGCCGGAGGGUGCAAACACUUCAACCUGCUGUCCUCCAAGGGGGCUGAUAAGUCCAGCAGCUUUUUGUACCUACAAGUGAAGGGAGAAGUGGAAGCCAAGGUUGAAGAGUUAAAGUUUGAUCGCUAUUCUGUGUUUCGGCCGGGGGUCCUACUGUGCGACAGGCAAGAGUCCCGCCCAGGGGAAUGGCUGGUUAGGAAAUUCUUUGGCUCCCUGCCAGAGUCUUGGGCCAGUGGGUACUCUGUGCCUGUGCUGGCAGUGGUUAGAGCCAUGCUGAAUAACAUGGUGAGUCCCAGCAGUGGGCAGAUGGAGCUGCUGGAAAACAAAGCCAUCCUCCACCUGGGGAAGGCCAGUGCCCUGCCCAAACUGUGACCGUCCUGGAGGAGGGCUUGUCCAUGCGAACCUCGGUGCCUGUGGCCAGAUCUAUAAAGUCUGUGUGUGGCCCUUCUUGGCAUCCUACUUCUCAGCCACGCAGCUCCACCAAGAAACAACGGUGCUCUGCUCCAGUGUACAGAGCCUGGUGUACGUGGGGGUCACCAGGGAGCUUGGGAAGGAUAGAGGUUUGUGCUACAAGCCUUCGGGAGUUUCCAGGUUCUGGGCAGAGAGCUGAGGUUUUCUUUUGUUUCUGAGUCCACUGCGGUUCCAACGCCACUGGUCUGAAGCCAGCUUGGAAGCACUCCAGCAGUGGAGGAGGAAUCCUUACAUACUGGGCGGCUGAGGGCUGUCCUAAGUGCUGACACUCAUGUCUGAGUUACACCGUGCUGAAAAGAUACAUGUGAACACCAGG